AUAAACCCAGACAAGCUCCACACCCUGUUUGUUGUGUUCGGUUACCCAGCAGCAGCAGCAGCGCGCGCCAGUCAGCGGUCACGUGGUAGCGUCGUCACGUGACCAGGAAGCGGUGAUGUGUUGUUGUUUACUAAGGUGUCGUCCAUACAUUGCGACAGCGAGCUUCUUCUUUUCUUUUUCUUUUUCUUUUUUUGUAGCUGAGAUGAUUUCAAUCCACACUGUGUUCGGACCAUGAGCUUCUCUGUCACUCCUCUGUGAUCUUCAUCUUUAUCAUCAUCAUCAUCACCAACAAUAACAACAUGGCGUCUUCAAGUUACACCUGCAUCCAUGACAGCGCCACAGAAAAGGAUCAGCUGCUCUCCUCCAUGACCAAUUAUGGGUCCCAGGACCUUCUUGGGAGUGCGAGUCCUCGUCCCAGCGUACUUGUGGGCGCUGGGCUCCACCAGCAGCAGGAGGAAGAGGAGGAGGAGGCUCUGAGGAGGAAACUCAAGUACUUCUUCAUGAGCCCCUGUGACAAGUAUCACGCCAAAGGGCGGAAGCCUUUCAAACUGGGCCUGCAGCUGCUCAAAAUCAUCAUUGUGACCGUGCAGCUGGUGCUGUUCGGACUCAGCAACCAGAUGGUGGUGACGUUUAAGGAGGAGAACACGGCGGCGUUCAAACACCUGUUCCUGCAGGGUUACCAGGACAGCGCUCCUCAGGCAGUCCACACGCAGAGGGAGCUCUACGACCACAUACACUUCGCCAUAGAGCGGUACUUGGCUCUGCCUGAGAUCACGCUGGGACAGUACGCCUACGUGUUGGACGUCGGGUUCAACAGGAGCGCGCUCUCCCUCUGCCAGAGAUACUUCCAGAGAGCCACCAUUGACCCCGUCAAUGACACCUUUGACAUCGACCCCCAUGUGGUCACCUAUUGCAUCGGCGUGAAUCCGCUGAAUUCUGGAAACGGUGACUACAAGAAUUUCACUCUCAAGUUUUACAAGCUGAUCAAUAUAACUAUCGACUUCCAACUGAAGGCCAUUAACAUUCAGACCAUAAUAAACAAUGAAAUCCCCGACUGCUACACCUUUGCCAUUACGAUCGUCAUGGAUAACCGGGCUCACAGCGGCAAAAUUAAGAUCAGUCUACAGAACCAGGCCUCCAUCAUCGAGUGUAAAGACCCCAACGUGUCCGGACACGCUGAGAAUUAUGCCCGGGAGUUCUUUGAUGUGCUGGUGGCCGUCGUCUGUCUGCUGUCUCUGCUGCUGUGCGGGCGCUCCGUCCUCAGAGGCAUCGUCCUGCAAUAUGAGUAUGUGCAGUUUUUCAACGACAGACUCGGCCGCAGCGUCGCCUGGGGAGACCGGAUGGAGUUUAUUAACGGCUGGUACAUCCUGCUCAUCGUCAGCGACGUGUUCACGAUCGUGGGAAGCUUCAUCAAGAUUGGGAUUGAAUCCAAGAAUUUGUCAUCGUAUGAUGUAUGCGCCAUCCUGCUGGGAACCUCCACCCUGCUGGUGUGGGUGGGAGUCAUCCGCUACCUCAGCUUCUUUCAGAAAUACAAUAUCCUGAUUGUGACUCUGAGAGCUGCUUUUCCUAACGUUAUCCGCUUCUGCUGCUGUGCAGCUGCCAUUUAUCUGGGCUAUUGCUUCUGUGGAUGGAUUGUCCUGGGGCCCUAUCAUGCCAAGUUCCGCUCCCUGUCCAUGGUGUCCGAGUGUCUGUUUUCUCUGAUCAACGGCGACGACAUGUUCAUAACGUUCGAGGAGAUGGAGCGAAGUGGAACGCUGGUGUGGAUCUUCAGCCAGGUCUACCUCUACACCUUCAUCUCCCUCUUCAUCUACAUGGUGCUGUCCCUCUUCAUCGCACUCAUCACCGGAGCCUACGACACCAUCAUGGCACAAACACAGGAGCAGGUGCGCAUCAAUAACCUGCACGCGUUCAUCGCAGAGUGCACCGACACUCCCAGCUCUGGCAAGUUCCGUGGGCCUGAGGGGUCAUCGUGCUCUUUCCUCUGCUGCUGUGAGUGGUGAGGAGGAGGAGGAGGAGGAGGAGGAGGAGGAGGAGGGUGCACAAAGGGAAAAGCCAACAGGGAUGAUGAAUGCUUUGAGAGUGACUGACCUUGGAACGCGGUGUCCUCUGUGCCCGUCUUUGAAUUUCUGCAUUUAGAUUUGCUGUGGAACAGUAGAAACGCACUAAACAGUCACAAGCCCAAUUACCUGUGUUUGUUCUGUAUGAAUAAUUUAUUUUGUCUUUCUCUCUCUCUCUCUGAAAAAGUCAGUUUGUCGGGGCUUUGACGAUUGUUGACGACACGAGUGCCAGGAAACACAUUUAGUGCUUUUGACUGGAAGCAGCGUCCACCAAGUAAAAUGGAGGCUCAUUUAAAUGCUCCACUUAUACUGUUUUAUUGUCCAAGUGGCUGCUUAGGAGGCAUUAUUAAGUGAUUUGUGAUUAUCUCUCUAUAUAUAUAUAUAUGUAUAUAUGUAUGUAUGUGUGUGUCGUCUGGAUCUUCAUAUAAGAAGUGGAAGGAACAGAAGAGACAGAUUAUUUAUUAACUGCCGAAUGUAUGCGUUUGCUGCUGCUACGUUUUUAAAUGAAAUUGGUCCAUUCCCAUUUUCACGUACACCUGUGACUGCGGGGAGACGACGGCUGCACGGGGACGGACGAGCCCCGCAGCCAACCACUCGCUCAUCAAUAUGUAUGAGCCGGGUUCUCUGUAAUGCACUGCAAGGUUGAGGCUUAAAGUGACUCGUGAGAGGCUGCAAAAGAAACAAAAAAACACCUCUAUACAAGAUCAGGACUCAUGUCACGUGAUGCUUGAGGUUAAAUGUUUUGUCGUAAAAAAAAAAAAAAUUACUUGAACACAUUGGGUUACACUCUGCUGCCUUACAAAGGCAAAGAGCAGUAACUUGGCUUAAUAUUAUGCCUUUUUUAUGAGUUAUUAUCAUAAACCAAAAUGUAAAUGUUUCUCGUCUCCAUCCUGCUCGACUUCCGCUGCACUAAUUCGUCUCGUCUUGCUGUUUUUAUUUCUCCAUUGUAUUUGAAUGUUUUAAUGCUUCUGCCUUAUUUAUAUUUUAUAACAAGCUCAAUUGCAAUUAUGUGGAUGUUUGUUUUUUAUUACACUCCUCAGCUUAGCCUGACUCACCAGCUGAGAAGCCACUCCUGUAGUUUUAAACUCCUCAUGCUGUUUUAAACUGGACAUUUCGAAUGUUAAAUGAUGUUUAUGUCAGAAAUUCAAGCUCGGUUUUGAGGGCAUCUCGAUAAGCCGGCACAUCUUUAUCGACUCUUACUUAUUUAAAAGAAGUAUCGCUGUUAUUAUAGAACCGUGUUGAAAUGCAUGAGGUUAUUCCAGCAUGCUGUGCGGGGUCAGACCAAGGGCACUGUUCAAUGGUACAGGGACGUUCACUGCACAAAAUCUGAUCAGGAUAAAAGGGAACAAAGAAGAUUUGAGAUGUGUUUGAUGCUUUUGUAUUUUUUAAUUUUUAUUGUUUGUUUACAUACAUUGACGGAUAUUGUUUACAGUCACAACAGGUCACGUCUGUGUCCGUGUUUAUCGACUUAUUUGCACUUGAUGGAGAGUGAUGUACAGCUUCGUUUGAUGUAAAUGUGUCACUUGGGAGCUAUACAGCCAAAUGGAAUGAACCACUGUAUGUAACUGUUAAUGUUCUUCUGGGAAGGUACGUUCAUGCGAUUGUGAUUGAUUAGCAGCCGUAUUAUUGUUGUUCUCUCUUCGGUUUGUUUUCUUACGCUCUGUAUUCUGCCUUAUUUAUUUAUUGAUUUUUUUUCUCAUUUUGACAGGAGGCGAGUAUUUUGCUAAAUAGUGUUUAGUUCAUGUUUAGUAGAAAGUUGUACAGCUUUUUACCCUCAUUUAUGUUUAUGUUUUCAGUGACGAUGCUGCUUUCUGAAUGAAAGUGCACAUCAGCAAAAUAAACUGGAAACUCAAGUCA